CGUCAGAGUACCUAAUAAUUGCUCAUUCGUGAGCUGCCGUCGGCCAACGCGAAUAAUAGGUUUUAUACGGAUUCGUCUUAUCUUAGACAGUGAGGGACUGCCUCCAAGUUAUGUUGCUUGCUGUUGUACUGGCCGAUAGAGCGAAAACGAAGUUGGAACAGGAGUGACAAGACUUUAUUACUAGGUUGUCUCCAUUUUUAUUUUGAUUAAAUGGCAAAUAGCAAAUAUGAGUACGUGAAAAAGUUUGAAAUGGAGGACAAGCUUCCAGCUUGUAAUUGGAUUGUUGUAAGAAUUGAUGGACACAAAUUUCAUCGAUUUUCUGAUGAUCAUGAUUUUGACAAACCUAAUGAUGAGAAUGCCCUGAACUUAAUGAACUCAUGUGCAGUUUCCAUGGUUGAGCAAUUUUCAGAUAUUGUUUUUGCUUAUGGUGUUAGCGAUGAGUAUAGCUUUAUAUGGAAGGAGACCAGUCAGUUUUACGAUAGAAGGGCAAGUAAAAUACUUUCUCUCUCUGUAUCGUAUUUCACUUCUAUGUAUGUAAUGAAAUGGAAAGAUUUUUUUCCGCACAAAGACUUGAAGGAUCCACCUUGUUUUGAUGGACGGAUUGUGUUGUAUCCUAGAGUAAAGAUUGUUAGGGACUAUCUCUCUUGGAGGCAAGUUGAUUGUCACAUUAACAAUCAAUACAACACUUGUUUCUGGAUGCUAGUAAAAUCUGGAAAAUCUAAUAAGGAUGCACAGGAGCGUCUGAAGGGUACUCUAGCUAAGGACAAAAACGAGUUGCUCUUCCGACAAUUUGGUAUCAAUUAUGAUAAGCUGCCUGAUAUCUUCAAGAAAGGAUCAUGCGUCUACAAAGAUACCGUGGAGGAGACUGUGAAGCCUGAUGAUGGUGGAAAUCCUGUUAGAAGGCAACGACGAAGGGUGAUUGUGGGACAUUUUAACAUUAUAGAGGACUGGUUCUGGAACGAGCACCCCAACAUUCUUAAGGAAGAUUGAAGAAUAUAUUGCAAACCAAGUGCAACAGAGUCACCCAUACCAACUAAAAAGAUGGCAAAUCUUUUGCUAUCGCUUCAUGUAUUUUGAAGAUGAAUCGAUCUGCAUGAGUAUCCCAUCCAUUAUUUUGUAAGUUACAUGUUAGGGAAUUUGCAAAAUGUUCUUAUAAGCUUUUUUGAUGUUGUAAUUUGGUUCAGAAUUUUCAAACCAUCUCUGGUUUGAUCUGUUUAAAUUUAUUAUUUUUUCUUUUUGAUUGAAUAUUCUGAGAAGAGAAGGCAAAUGUUAUAAUCAUUUCAACAUAAGGAUUCAAUUGGAGUGAUUGCUGCAAAGCUA